CUAGACCGGCUGACCUCCCUACUGUGCUACCAAAGUAAACAAUCCAACAAAACAGCCGGUGCUGCUCCGCUGUCAACACAUUGUUUUUCUGGAUCGCUCUCACACAUUCUAGAAACUGCAUAGCCGCAUACCUCUGGACGAAACUCGCAACUAAUGCGCCUCUGGCGGUGUGAUAUUACCAGCAAUGGAUGACACGGAAAUUGAACUGUGCCCGCGCAUUAGCACGGUGUCGAAGGACGGGCAUGCGGAUGAUCCCGGCCAGCAGGUGAAAUCGAACGCCAUCGUGCGCUUUUCGAUCGUGCAGAGUACGGUACCGUUCGGUCGGCUCAAGUGCAACACCAAUCUCAACAUGCCACCGUCCAACUGGCUGAGCAAUUCGGCCAACUCGUACGGACUGGGACAGUUCCUGUCCCACCAGGCCGGUUUCAGCAGCUUCCGGAUGGCGAACAUGUUUCCCGAUUGCGUUGGCGGCGUGGACGUGGUGUCGGAUUCGGAAAACAUCAAGCGUCUGCUCAAGCUGCCGUACUCGCGCAAAAGCGUCAUCUCGAUGAUUGUGCAUCGCAUCGAAAACACGCUACUGAUCGACGAGUUUGACGUGGCCAAGUAUCUGCUGCUGCAGGAGGAAGCCGAAUGGCACUGGCUGCGCUCGUUCAUCUACGAAAACAUUCUGAAGAGUCUGAACGACAGCGAGCGGAAGCUGUUUCUGCAUCCCAAAACGCGCGAAGCAUUUCAGCAGAAGUAUCUCACCUCCAAGUUUCUGUACCACAGCUUGCAGACGGGGGCGGAACAGGAGGACGCGACCGCAAAAACUGAACCGCACGAUGUGAUACUGAACAAUUGCGCACCGUACACGCCACUGCCCCACGCCGGACCGCUGCUGCCCGAGCCGACGGAGGAGGAGCACUUUCCCGAUGCGCAGCAGAGAAAUCACAUGUUCAAUCGAAACGUGAUCUGGACGUUCGAGGACAUCCGGAUGCUGAUCGGGACGGAUCUGCCCAUCUUUGGUGGAGCGAAUCGGCCGUGCAUAAGCCUACGGCUGCGCGACGAAUCGAAACCGAUCAACGUGCUGACCGGCAUCGAUUACUGGCUGGACAAUUUGAUGUCCAACGUGCCGGAGGUGGUCAUGUGCUACCAUCUGGACGGUAUCGUGCAGCGGUACGAGCUGAUCAAGACCGAGGAUCUGCCACGGUUGGAGAAUUCCGAGUUUUCUCCCCAGCUCAUCCGCAACGUGGCCCAGAACAUUCUCGCCUUUCUGAAGGCGAACGUCACCAAGGCGGGCCACACCUACUGGCUGUUUAAGGCGCGCAACGACGACGUUGUGAAGCUGUACGAUCUGACCACGCUGUGCGAAGCGCACGACGGGGGCGGAACCACGGCAGAAGAGGAUGGAACGGCCAAGAAAGGGGAUACGGAGGAAUUGUCCUCCAAACAACCGGCACCCACCGGUACGGGCAAGGUUGGGGAAGAUAACAAUCCCACCAGCCUGCCGCCGGGUGGACAGAAUCCUUUCACCGUGCCGGUAGCGAUGUUACUUUACACCGUAGCACGAAAUAUGAAAAAUUCCGUCGAAAAUGGCACUGUGUCGGCGUCGAAAGCGGGUGCCAUCCGGACGCUGCUGAACAAUUGCAUCACCCUGCUGCCAAAGGAAAAGUAUCCGCAGAUUGUUACGUCCUCACAUUACAUUCUGUCCGAUUUGCAUAUUCCCGCGGAUACGGAUCCAUGUUCACCCAAGUUCAACACCACGAUCGACGAGGAUGAAGACGACGAUGUUGGCUAUCUGUGCGGUGAGCGCAAUUCCACGCCCUCGGAAAACGGGCUGGACGAGACGGAGGAUGAAGCGCCAGCGGCUGUGAAGGAGCAGGAAGGGCAGCGGGAACCAACAGGAGGCGGCGUAAAGCUGGAAGCAGCCAUCCAGAGCAUCAAAGAUACGCUCAAAGAGUAUAAGGUGGAGGAGCGAUUGGGCAAGCAUCACAACUCCCGUCCGGCGCCACUGCUCUGCAGCACGGCGGAACGGUGCAACAUUGCGCUGCAGCAUAUCGUCGACGGAUUGCAGUGCCUGCAGUACUUCGACAACUACGAGGAGCAGAAGCAGCGCGAGAAGGAAAAGGAAGCCGAACGGCAAAAGAUUGUCCACGAGGAGACACACCCGAACAUGGCAAAGUCGGACAAUGCGAUCCCGCUGCCGUACCAACCGCUGCGCCCGGAGCCUUGCCCUGUCGAUCCAGCAAAAAUCAUCCCAAUGGGCUGGAAGGAGGGGUGCGCGGGUGCGCAAGAGGACAAGGAUUCGGAACGGAACGGAAAGGCGGGCAAAAAGCGCUCGAAGCGUAAAGACGCGGACAAGCAACGAAAGGGCGGCGGCGGCGGCUCGAACAAGCCAGAUGCCGGUCCCGAUCGUGCCCCGGAAGCGGAUCCGCGGGCGCUUUUGCUGAAGGGACAGAUCGGUGUGAUUAAAUCGUGGAACGUGCACUUAAAGAUACUGCUGUUCGAGAAAGCCUGCCUCGUGUAUGCGACCAUGGCAGAGCAAGAGUACGCACAGCAGCGAUACGGAGCGACCUUGCGCUAUCUGUACUCUGCCAUCCGCUGCCAGCAGGUGGUGACGAAGCACAUCUCGUGCGUAUCCUCCCAGCUCGGCAACUUGCUGGGUCGAGCGGGCGAUUGCUUUUUCCAGCUCGCCAAAGAUUGGGAUCGAAUUGGCGAGCAUCUGGCCCAGUUUGCGGCCCAGCAUCCUCUCGAUCAGCUGAUUAUGGAGGAGCUAGUGAAGGAUAUUGGCAGUGAGGUGGAAAACACGCUGCCCGUGCCGACGGAAAACAUGGAACAGCUCAUAGUGACCAGCUGCGGCUGCUACGAAACGGCCAUUGCCGUGGCGACCAAGGACGAGGACGAGUUGCGGCGCCGGCUCGGCAGCGUUCGAAACGAGCUCGGCGUAAAGUAUAUGCACUGGGCGCAGGAAGAGUAUCAGAAGUACGUGGAACGGACGGAGGACGGAGCGCUCGAUUCGACGGAACCGUUGUAUCAGCUGUUGACGAAGAAAUCGUACGAUUCGCUGCAGAAAGGCAUCGCGCUGUUUGAGGCCGUCAACGACACGACGAAUCUAGCGUUUCUCCUGUGCAACAUGGGCCGGUUCAUGCGGUUCCGGGCACACAUUCAUCUGGUCGGCGAAAAACCGAACAAUGUGACUGCAAUGAAGAAAUUCUACCACGAAGCAUUUGAAUACUACCAUCGAGCGCUCGGGAUUCUCGGUUCGCGCAAGGAUUAUCCGGACAUGUGGUCGUUGGUUACGUGGGAGCUAUCUACUGCCACGUUCAAUCUGGCCAGGCAGCUGCAGGAUCACAACGUCAUUCCGGUCGAUGGACAGGGAGGCCAAUCGCAGUCACAGGAGGAAGUCGAGCAGGAGGUGGUUGAAAUGCUGCAGCGAGCGUUGAAACUGUGCGAUCAAGACAACAGCGGUCCCAAACAGGUCCUGUACUCCUUCCGUGCUGGUCUCAUUCACCAUCGUAUUGCAUCGUACCACCACAUGUCGUACCGAUCGACGGCCGUUGAACAUCGCCGUAAAACAUCCCUGCGACUCACAAAGCUCCACUACGAAAAGGCUGCCAACAUCUUUGAAAGCCUCUCGGAACCGCAGGAAUAUCUGCAGAUCCAAAUGGAACGCAUCGCGCUGCAGGAGUACCAAUGCGAACAGGCGUCAGCAUCGGCCGCAAAAACGUCCCACCUGCUCGGUGCCUUGUCCCUCUGCAAGCAGGCAUAUCCGCUAAUCGAACACCUUGCCAUCACAAAGCCACACGCCGUCGAUGAGUCUCCGACCGGCACGGCGGACGGUGGCAGCAGCACCAGCACCAAUGACGGUAACGCUGGCGGCUACGAGGAGCUGCAGAAGCUGCUGGAGCUGUUCGAAAAGCGGCUGCAGGUGAUUUUGCGAACGCUCACGAAGCUGUCGCUUCAAGCGGCAGGCGACCAGAAGGACCCCACGGCCACCCAUUACAAAGCACUGUUCGCGGUGGCCUUACAGAAAAAACCGGCCCAAGUAGCGGAAGAUGUUCCGCCGCCCAAGGGUGGCGGUGAGGCCGGUGCAGUGAUCAAAGAGUAUGCCUUGCACCUGUCCAACGUUUUGCGGCAGAUAUGUGAUCUCGAUCGCGACCACGAAGCGGUAGCGCGGCGAACGGCAGCGCCGCGAUAAACGGGCCCGGCGGGCAGGGCGGGUGUCUAAAUUGUUGUGAAUGAAACGCUUCCCGUUACUCGCUUUGUCGCCGCCGCUGUGUUGUGAAGUACGAUUCAUGUUUGUCGUGUUUUGUUUUUUACUGAAAUAAACUCCGUACAAUAUCCGUACAACCGCGCUCUGUUUUAACGAGUCCGAAAACGCCGUCCUUGCGGUGACCCAAUUUGUUGUCAAACGACAGUUUUCUAAUUACCGUCGACAAAAAUAGGUACAUGGCUCGUGCGUAUCAAAAUUAAACACGACAACAAACCGUUUAUCAUGCCGUCUUGCGGGUGGGGGGGGGGGGGGGGGCGACUGUGUGUUCUUCAGUUCCUUGCGUCCGUGUUGUUUUUAAUUUGAUGCGUCUAAAAAUUGUGACCUUCGUGUGUUGUUUUUGCGAUGACAAUUUCAGUCCGCGUGUUUUCUUCCCCCUGUAGAAAACAAAAACACGAAUUUUUAAUUCAAUGUCUCAUUAUUUUCCGAAUUUACUUGUUGACAUCUUUUCCCUACCCGCGCCUAUUAUUAGCGUAUGACGAUGCGAAAGAAACGCAUAAUUUAGUCACUGCAAUAAAUCAAAAGCAAUGUUUUUAGAUUUUCAUUUUACACGGAUCUGAAUCAAGGCAGGAUGAAGCAAUGUGGUGAAAUGAGGUGCCAUAGGAUACUGUUACAACAAUCGAAAGUUUAAAACAAUUACUCUAUCACUAUCCUUAAGGUAAUCGGCAAGGGCGUUUCAUUCGCUGUACAGCUUGGUGAAUGACCUUUGGCACUGAUCCCAACGGCACAAUCCUUCACUAGCAGUAGCAGUUUCGAUUGACCACAAACCUUCAAGUUCAUUGCCAUUUACCCAACGGUCGCCUCAUCUGAUACCCGCCUCAAGAUUGCAAGACGGUUCACGGGACAUUUCAAUGUCGUACGGCGCACCCUGUUUUUAAAUUCCUUCAAUGAAAGGGAACUGCCCGCCGCCGUAGUCCGAAAGAAGACAUUUUGGCAACCGUAUUCAGAGGGUGACUGUUUGUGCUGUUGGGAGAGUGAGAGGAUACGGGAUUAAGAUCAUCUACCGUACCCCGUGUAUGGGACGGUUGUCUAUUUUUACAUAAACGACCCAAGAACGGUUAAGCAGCGUCUUCUCUGAGGGAUGACGACUUGAUAUUGUUUGGUUGGAUGGAUUGGUGGUUGGCACAUAUCCCCACCACAAAAUCGUUCGUUGCGUCGGUCCGGAAAUGGCCAGCCGGACCGUAGGAACGCCAACCGAUCGGGCAGUUGAGUCGCAUCCUUCGACGGCUACACAUCACAACAGUUAAACAAGCAACUCGUUGACAAAGUUUAGUAGUUCUCCGUGUUCUUCGUUAAGAUCCAGCAUGGGUAAAGGCAAGGGUGGCGGUUCCGGUGGUGGUGGUGGUGGCCAGCCGGGCGGUGGUAAAAAAGGCCCUGCAGGUGGUGGCGCCGCCAAGGGUGGAAAUGACACUAAAGGUGGUGCUGGCGGUAAAGCAGCAGACAAGGGAACCGGAAAGAAGGGUGGUAAAAAGUGAUGGGAUGGAUUUCCUCGGACAGCAGCUCACCCCGACCUACUUCCGGAAGCGAUAACAGCAGCGGAUUCGGCCGGCCAGCGAAAGGGAGCCCCUUACGAAUUCGAAUUGUGAUUUGGACUGUGAACAUUAUUAUUCAAGCGUUUACCGAUGUAUUUAUUGUUGGCUUUUUCCUGCGUGGCGCAAGCACUCGUACGCGGGGUUUGUGCUUCGAAACGGAACAAAACAACUACAAAAGACAAACUAAGCAAACUAGCACGCUAGCUAAACUCAAACCAGUACUCAAUAGACACGAAACCAAUCCGCUGCUGCAGUAUUUUUCCAUCUCUUUCGCUAUUCAACCACCUCUCUUCGUAUCCACCGCACAUCUUUCACUAGGACGACGACAAGAGCACCUUCUCUAUCUAUGGUUAAGAUUUGUUUUAUAUUAUUUUCCUCGCAAGUGAAUAUACAUUUAAAAGCUUUCAAUGGAAAUAAAAGAAACAAGCCAUUCAAAUACUA